AUGUCGCUCGAGCUCGUCUUCGCGGCCACGGGCCUCAUGACCGCCUUCUGGUGCGCCUACGGCUUCGCCAAGCACACCGACGCCAUCGGGUGGCGCAUUCCAGUUGCCCUGCAGGGCCUCCUCCUCAUCCCGGCCCUCGUCUCGCUCCAGUUCACGCCCGAGUCGCCCCGGUGGCUCAUGGAGAAGGGUCGGGUCGAGGAAGGUCGACGCGUCCUCGAACGCCUACACGGCUCCGCGUACGCCGCAGCGGCGACGCUCGAGAUUCAGGAGGCGAUCGCGAUGGAGCAUGCGGCCCAGGCGGGCAAGGGAUACUCGGCCUGCUUCUCCAACAACGACCAAUGCUUCCGGUACCGCACGCUCCUCGCCGUCGGCGUCAACGUGGCGCAGCAAGCAACCGGCAUUAUUGACGGCAACAUCCUGAUCGAGUCGGUCGGCCUCGCUCCCGACCGCGCCACCCUCGUGCUCGGAGGACUCGGAAUCGCCGGCCUCGGCUUCACCAUCUUCGGCUGUUUCUACCUCAUGGAGCACGCCGGUCGCGUGAGGACCAUGUUGAUCGGGGCGUUCGGCUGCAUGGUGAGCCAGAUCCUCCUCGCCGCCGGCGUCGCGAACCAGUCGGUCAAGGCCGGCGGCUACGUCGCCGCGACGGGCCUGUACCUCUUCCUGUGCAUCUUCUCGGCGACGCACCUCCCCACCGCGUUCGUCUACUCUGCCGAGGUCACCCCUCUCGCUAUUCGGACCCGUGCGGCAACCCUCGGCGUCGCCGUGCAGUACCUCGUCAACUUCGCCGUCGUCAUGGUCACGCCGACAGCGAUUGCCAACAUCGGGUGGAAGUACUACAUGACGUUCGCCAUCAUCAACGGCGCAAUGCUGCCGCUCAUCUUCUGGUUCUGCCCCGAGACGGCGGGCCUCUCGCUCGAGGGCAUCGACGAGCUCUUCGCCGGCGGGCGCGUGCACGUGCGCCGCACGGUCAAGGUCGACGGCUCGGGCCGGCUCCCCGUCGCGUCGCUCGAGGCCAACAAGCCGCAAGGGUCGUUCGAGCACGUCGAGAAGAUCGAGACGGCCGACCACUACUGA